UCCUGCAACGUUGCUUUUCUGGUUAUGACCCAAAUUUUUCCUUGUUCAAUUCUGCAUCAUAUCAGUUCUGGAAAGAUGCUGCCAAGCAAGAGGGGUGCUGAUGAUCUCACAAGAUUCUCAACCGACUCAUCGAUUCCAGGUUUCUGGAAUGAGUUGAGUGAUGAAGUUGCAUCAAAGUUGUCUAGAAGUGUCGUCUCAAUUGCUUUGUCCCAUGGAGAAUAUGUGCUAUUUGCAUCCUCUGGCAUAGCUAUAGAAUGCCAGUCUAACUUCACAAAGUUUGUGACAUCAGCAGCUUUGGUUAGAGCUUUAGAUGAUGAAAGAGAUGUCCAUGACAUUGAGAUUAAAGUACGCCAUGAAGGACAUGUUGCCAUAGGGACUGUGGAAGAAUAUGACCUGGAUCAUGUAAUUGCUGUUGUCAAAGUCACACCCGUCCUUGAUGUUUAUUGCGUACCUCUCAGUUAUGCAAAGGAAUUGAUGCCUGGUAGCAAGGUUGUAGCAGUAGGGCGUGACAUCUCUGGCAAAUUAAUGGCCAGAAGUGGGACACUUACUGCUUCAGACCGAUCUGAAGAUUCUGGACAUCUUAUGUUCUCUACAUGUAAAUUAUCUGAGGUUAUGCAGGGGGGCGCGCUUUUUGAAUUUGAUGGGAACUUUGUUGGCAUGAACAUUUUCUGGAAUAUGAAAAGACCCAUAUUCAUGCCAAGGGAUAUAAUUUUUGAUCGUUUGAAUGAUUUAUGGACAUCCAUGGAAAAGAUAUUAUUUCCUGAGAUGGUGAAGUUAGCCAGGUGUGCCAAUAUAUUUCCAGUUUUCUUAUCUAUGUUUGCAGUUGCAGCUUUUAGUGUUUACUCUUAAUAAUAACUUGAUGCUUUGGUACCUCUAGCGUAAGAUAUUAUCAAAUAGGUGAGCUGUACUUGGCAUGUGUCAAAGUUGCUCUGUAUUGUAAAGUAGCCAUAUUCCUGUGUAUCAAAUAUUAAAGCCAACAUAUUUGUUACCCUUAAUAAAAACUUGAUGCUUUGUUACCUCUAGCGUAAGAUAAUAUCAAACAGAUGAGCUGUACUAGGCACGUCACAGUUGCUCUGUAUUGUAGAGUAGAGUAGCCAUAUUCCUGUGUAUCAAAUAUUGAAGCCAACAUAUUUGUCUAAUUCAAAAUGUUAGAAUAUUUUGUUGAGAUUAAAAUAUGAACAUUACAAGGGAGUAUGGUCUCAAGAUUUUGUUUAACUGGAUACCACCCGUUUCUCUAACUGGUGGUCUAGGGCUGUCAAAAGAGUGCCCCAGGAGCAGAAGAGUGGUCUCAAUUCUCUGAUUAUCCUAGUUGCAUGGGAAUUAUGGAAACAUAGAAAUGAUUGUGCAUUUGAGGGAGAGAGGCCAGUAGUGGAGGUAGUCUUGCAAAAGAUUGCCAGCCUUUGGUGUAUGGCUGGAGCUUCUGCUCUCCGGGAGCUCCUUUGCAGGUUGCUUGGUCUUGGUCCUUAAUUUGGGGCA